UAUUUCUUAUUCAUUCAUUGUCCGCGCGAUUGUGUUCUGUGAUUCUGUGAAAUAAAAAAAAUCUACUGCGUUCGGUAAUUUAUUUAUUGUGAUGUGAUUGAAUAUAUUUAAUUUUAUAUAAUACGUGUGUAAGUGUACAGUGUAUUGAAAUUGGAACCAGUUUUUCCCACUUAGAACAUUCACGUUUGCCGCUACCUUGUAGAUGUUGUGAUCCUUGUUUUUGUGAUUUUACCUGAACGACGACGAUGGCAGACAAUUCCAAGCUCACUGAUGAGGAGAGAAACGAGAUCAGAGAACAGUUCUCACAGUUGGACACAUCAGGAAACGGCUACAUCGACCUCAAGGAGCUGAGAGAUGCCCUCGACAGUGUCGGCUACAAAAUACCACAGUGGAAGGUGCGAUGUAUGAUCGAGGAGUACUACGACAACGGGUCGUCAAAGCACGGCCGCGGCGUCAACGGCAGCGUGAACGGAGAUGCGCGCAAGAACGGCAUCUCCCUCAACGAAUUUGAGGAGUUGUGCGCCAACCUGAAGGCGCAACAGGUGGCCAGCACAUUCAAACAGGCAGUGAGUAAAAAGGAAAAUCUGGAACAUUUGGGUGGCAUGAGUGAAGCUUCCAGUGAUGGAACAACACAUUCAGUUCGCCUCGAGGAGCAGAUGGCGUUCUCCGGAUGGAUCAACAGCAACCUGGAGCACGACCCCGACCUCAGGCACCUGCUGCCCAUCGACCCCGAGGGCAAGCAGCUCUACGAGAAACUGAAGGACGGCCUCAUUCUAUGCAAAGUGAUAAACCACUCGUGUCCGGACACGAUAGACGAGCGAGCCAUCAACAAGAAAAACCUCACUCUGUACACCAAACACGAGAACCUUACUCUGGCGCUGGUGUCCUCGCAAGCUAUCGGCUGCAACAUCGUCAACAUUGAUGCGCACGACCUCGCCAAAGGCAAACCCCAUUUAGUGUUGGGGCUUCUGUGGCAGAUCAUCAGAAUUGGUCUGUUCAACCAGAUCACCCUGGAGCACUGUCCCGGCCUCACUGAACUACUUAAUGACCAGGAGCGCAUCGAAGAUCUCCUGGCUCUAUCUCCAGAGGCGAUUCUCCUCCGCUGGGUGAACCACCAGCUGCAGAGUGCGGGCGUCACCCGCCGCUGCACCAACUUCCAGCAGGACGUGGCUGACUCCGAGAUCUAUUCCUAUCUACUGAAGCAGAUCGCGCCUGACGAUGCUGGAGUCACGCUUGACGCUCUUAGGGAACAAGACCUGAUGCGCCGCGCGGAGCUGAUGCUGCAGCAAGCGGCCAAGCUGAGGUGUCGCGCGUUCGUGACGCCCGCGGACGUGGUGGCCGGCGUCUACAAGCUCAACCUGGCCUUCGUGGCCAACCUCUUCAACCAGCAUCCGGGGCUGCAGCGCCAGGGGGACCCCGAGGAGUACCACCAGCUGGACGAGACCCGGGAGGAGAAGACGUACCGCAACUGGAUGAACUCUAUGGGCGUGGCGCCGCACGUCAACUGGCUGUACUCCGACCUCACGGACGGGCUCGUCAUCUUCCAGCUCUACGACAUCAUCCGCCCCGGCAUCGUCAACUGGAAGAAGGUGCACCGGCAGUUCUCGAAGCUGCGCAAGUUCAUGGAGCGGCUGGAGAACUGUAACUACGCGGUGGAGCUCGGCAAGCUGCUGGGCUUCUCGCUCGUGGGCAUCGCCGGCGCUGACAUCAACGAGGGCAACGCCACGCUCACGCUGGCGCUGAUCUGGCAGCUGAUGCGCGCGUACACGCUGUCGGUGCUGACGCGGCUGGCCAACACCGGCAACCCCAUCAUCGAGAAGGAGAUCGUGCAGUGGGUCAACAACAAGCUGGCUGGCGCCGGCAAGACCUCUUCCAUCAGGAGCUUCCAGGAUGAGGUGCUGGCGGACGGUAAAGUAGUGCUGGACUUGAUUGACGCCAUCAAACCCGGCUCCAUCAACUAUGAUUUGGUGCUGCCCGGAGGAAACGAGGAGGAGAACCUAGCGAACGCGAAGUACGCAAUCUCGAUGUCGCGGCGCUGCGGCGGGCGCGUGUACGCGCUGCCGGAGGACAUCACGGAGCGCAAGCCCAAGAUGAUCAUGACGGUGUUCGCCUGCCUCAUGGCGCUGGACUACAUCCCCGCCCUGGACGCGCCCGUCAAACCGGUGGUGACGACAGUGGAGUCUGAAAGCGAAGCAGGAGACUUCCUGGACGACUCCGUGGAGUCUGUGGAGCUCAUAGAGCCGGCGGAGGAGGAUCCGGACGACUCGGGCUUCGGGGGCAAGCCGCCCGUGCCCCGGAAACCGGACAACUUGGCUGCUUUGGCGCGAAACGCGGAAUAGUACCUUAUCGUUAUAUAUUUUUAUUACAACGUGUACGACAGGGACGCAGAUAUACAACAUAAUUAGAGAGUUUUCUGGAUUUCUCAUAGAUCAUGGAGUAAGGAGUUAGUAUUAUUGGAAUUUCUGAUCCAUUUUGCAGAUAUCUGCUACAGGAGUGGGUAAUUUUUUUCCUGGACUCCUCAUAGUUCACAGAGAGAUCAAAAUCUAUGGAUUUAGUAUUAUUGGGAUUUCUACACAUUUUGUAAAUAUCUGGUGCACGUGUGGAUAAAUUUUAGAUUAGAAAGCUUAUAUAAACAUGAGAUGCUUUGAGUGUGAUGAAACGAUGUGGAAAGCAUAAAAUAAAAUUGAUAAUAGUUACAAUGUGGAUAGAGAGCAAUUUGUGACGAUUCUAUGUUCAGCUGCUAGCAUUUUUAUAAAUCUGAGGAAAGCCCUCUAUAUAUGCGCCUAAAUCGGUACAAAAUUAUCACUACAAAAACAUCGCUGGGUAUAUUUAUUUGUGUUGUGUUUAUUUAGUACGUGAAUUUUCUCUUUGGCAUCCACAUUAUAGCUACAUAUUUAUUCCUCCGAUAGGUAUAUAGGUUCGAUAGGCUAGUGCGAUACGAACAAGGAAUUUUGUGCAACAGAUAAUGAAAAGAAAAAUAUCAUUAUAUAUAAAAUCCAAAAAAUCAGACUAUGCUAAAAUAGUUGAGAAAAUGGCGAUAAUAUUAUAAUUUCAAAAAGUUGAAAACCUUUCUAUUACUUUUUUGUCACAAGAAAUAUAAUUAACUACAUCUUAUUAUAAUUCGAGACCUUUACAUUUUUAUAAUUUUACAAUGAGCAUUUAUGUUUAUUUUGAGUGCAAUUAGUAAUAUGCCUAGUUAUAAUUCCAUCAAUGGCCAUUCCAUAGAGAAAAUGUAAAUUCAUUUUCUAUUUAUUUUUAGUGUCUGUUUUUUUUACCUUGUUUUAAUGUUAAGAAAUAAGGGAUGUAUUUUUAUAUCGGUUUUUAAUACAAGAUUUGUUAAAUAUAUUUGUUUUAAUUAACA